AUGAUGAAAUUGAUCGUAUCGCUUUCCGCCCUGUUUAUGCUGGUCUCGGCUGCUCCCGCUUCCGACGAUGCUAGCGCCACUAUCCUAACGCAGGAGAAUCAGGUCGAACCGGACGGUCAAUACGCGUGGAAAUUCUCCACUAGCAACGGUAUCCAGCAAGAGGAAAGUGGAAUCGGAGGUCAAUCCGUGCAGGGAUCCGCAUCUUGGGUGGCGGAAGACGGUAUACCCAUCGUGCUGACCUACACGGCCGACGAGAAUGGAUACCACCCGCAAGGAGUUCACCUACCGACACCGCCACCGAUUCCGGAUUACAUUCUGCGUGCCCUUAAGUACAUCGAAGCACAUUCGCAAAACAAUCUUUGA